UAAGCCUUCGCUGCAGGCCUCUGAGAAUAUGCCUUCACUGACAUUGGAAAGUGCUCGGAGGUGGCGUCCUAACUCACAGUGAGGGAACCAGGCUCGUUCGUCUGACAAGUAUUAACAUUCAGAAAAACAAGAUGUAACGGCGCGGGCAAGUGAGGCGGGUCAGGCGCGCCUUGGCCACCUCAAGCCGACAGAACAAGUAAGGACCGGCUGCGACACGACGAAGAAGGCCCCUUGCCCAAGCCCGGCACCGUUUCCCCCUUAUUGCCCGGUUCCUCGGUUCCCCAACUGGCUGUGUGGCUACCCCGAGCGUCUCCCACCGAGUGGCCGGGAACUGGGGAGUCAUGGCUGAGGUGAAAGUGAAGGUGCAGCCGCCCGACGCGGAUCCAGUCGAAAUAGAAAACAGGAUUAUAGAAUUAUGUCACCAGUUUCCCCAUGGAAUCACAGACCAAGUAAUUCAGAAUGAAAUGCCUCAUAUAGAAGCCCAGCAGCGGGCCGUGGCCAUCAAUAGACUCCUGUCCAUGGGUCAGUUGGAUCUCUUAAGGAGCAAUACGGGACUACUGUAUAGAAUAAAGGAUUCUCAGAAUGCUGGCCCUGUCUCAUUCUUUUUAAGUAAAAUGAAAGGAUCAGAUAACCAAGAAAAACUAGUAUAUCAAAUCAUAGAAGAUGCAGGAAAUAAAGGAAUAUGGAGCAGAGAUAUCCGGUACAAAAGUAACUUGCCAUUAACAGAAAUUAACAAAAUUCUAAAGAAUUUGGAAAGUAAGAAGCUUAUCAAAGCUGUUAAGUCUGUGGCAGCAGAAACAGCACGAGAAAGCAAACAGAAUCCAAUGAUACAAAGAAAUAGUUCAUUUGCCUCAUCACAUGAAGUGUGGAAGUACAUCUGUGAACUGGGGAUCAGUAAGGUAGAGUUGUCCAUGGAGGACAUUGAAACGAUCUUAAAUACACUCAUUUAUGAUGGGAAAGUGGAGAUGACUAUCAUUGCUGCAAAAGAAGGCACAGUUGGCAGUGUAGACGGACACAUGAAACUGUACAGAGCAGUCAAUCCAAUCAUCCCACCCACGGGUUUGGUCCGGGCACCGUGUGGACUCUGCCCGGUUUUUGAUGACUGCCAUGAAGGUGGUGAGAUCUCACCAUCUAACUGUAUUUAUAUGACAGAGUGGCUCGAAUUUUAACAGAGAAUAGGAACUUUACUGACAUUUUGCAAAUGAAGUUACUUUGGGAGCAGAUAAUUUAACUCACGAUGGAACAUCAAAUUCCCUUGAAAGCAAACUUCACAAUAAUGGACAGACGUGCUGCUAUGCAAAAGUAUUUUUUUAAUCUAUGAAGACUAAAUUUAUAUUGGUAGAGUAGCCAACAGAAUAUGAAACAGGUAAGGUUAAUAGUGAAAUUCAUUCUUCAAUAAAUAUAAUACUUUGAACUUCCAGAAGACCACCUCUGAAGCUUUCAAGACUUUUGAUGGUUCAUGGAAAAAGAAGCCAACAAAUCCAUGUUUGCCAUAUACUACAAUAAUGACUAAAGUUUAAAAAUGCCCAUUUUAAAGUUAUUUAUUAAGGUCUUCAUUGGAAAAUUUUAUCUGGUUCACUAUUGCCAUUAGUUUUCUCUUUUCUCAGUGGUUUCAUUGGGAAGGAAUCAAAAGCGGUGAGGCAGGAAUAGCACUUAGAGGCAUGAGUGGGGGAAAGUAUGGAACAUCCCUUUCCACACACUAUUCAUUCCUUUUUACAUCAGAAAUAUUCUUUGAGUAUUAUGCCUUUGUUCCUACCUCAAAUGCAAAUGACUGUUGCCAGAGAUGUUUUCAGUGCAUAAAUAUGAUUAUUCUAGUCCUAAAGAGAAUGUUUUCACUGAUCCUUCUUUGUCAGAGUCUUCCAAGUUUCACUCUGUGGCUCAGCUGCCUUAUUUGCUAGAAUUGCCCUAUAAUGCAUUGCCCUCCAUUCACACUUUAUUGUGAGCGGGGUACCACUCCACUUUUCUUGUCUUAUAUGAUUUUUUUUCUUUACGGUCUUAGAAGUCAUGGUGUAAUUGGUCUAACCUAAGCAAAAAGCCAUUAUAAUUUUUCUCAGUUCUAAUAGUACUUUCAAGCCUGCGUUAUUUGGUGUAUUGUUGCACAGAAGUUAGCUUUUUAGGAUCUCAGCUGUUGUAUUUUCACUUUGUAGCUCUGCUUAAUGAUUUCUGUGUCCAGGCCAAAAGCAUGGGACCAAAGGAAAGGAACUCAAAGCCAGCUACUACUGAGGCCUGAAUUCAAACACCAGUUUGGAUAUACUCCAAGUGGUAAACAUCAGAAGGGUUAUUUUGAGAUAUAUGGGAUCAAUAAAAUAAAAUUCAGCUCAGUAACCAACUAAGAUCCAGGUGGAGACUGUGGC